GAUUGCACAAGAUAUGAUAUAUACCCAUCAUCAUCAUUAAUCUAAACUUACAGAUAUAUUAAAAAGAAUAGCCAGAAACCAACAAAAUAAACAUUGCAAAAACAUGGAAAAAGAAAAGGACUGAAUGUUGAAGUAGAGGAAGAUGAGGGUUGAGCAAGGAGAUGAUGGAGGUGGGGGGGAGCAGACAUCUUCCACUUGUCAUCCAUAUCCACCUCCAUUGGCUACAUAUGAGGAUGUAGUGUGCUCUCGUGACCUUUUUAUGGAUUCUUUGAAGAAGCUCCAUAUUUCCAUGGGAACUAAGUUCAUGGUCCCGAUCGUAGGGGGUAGGGACUUGGACUUGCAUCGCCUCUUUGUUGAAGCUACUUCUCGUGGUGGCAUUUCAAAGAUUAUGAGUGAAAAAAAAUGGAAAGAAGUCACUGCAGUUUUCAGCUUUCCAUCCUCAGCCACAAACGCUUCUUUCAUACUUCGCAAGUAUUAUGUUUCGCUGCUUUACCACUACGAACAAAUCUACUUCUUUAAGGCGAAAUAUUGGUCUCCUACAGCUUCUGAUGCUAUGCAAUCUUUGCCUCCGAUCACACCUCCUCCCUUUGGAUGCCCUGAGUAUGUGACGCCAGUGUCACAACGAACACACUCAGCUUCACCACAACAGAAAGCAAACACUGAAACAUUGAUUCCUCAAGUAUCAUUAACACCAUCAGCAGCCGGUUCUCCUGUGUGUGGUGUGAUCGAUGGCAAAUUCGAGAGUGGAUAUCUCAUCACCGUGAAAAUUGGAUUGGAGGAGUUUAAGGGAGUUCUCUAUCAAGUCCCAAAUAGUGAGAAUCAAAUGAUUCAAACACACAUCAACAAUCCAUCACUAAAAUCAGGAGCUCCACGUCGCAAGCGGAGGAAGAAAUCCGAGAUCAGAAAGAGGGAUCCCGCCCAUCCGAAGCCUAACAGAAGCGGCUACAACUUCUUCUUCGCGGAGCAGCAUGCAAGGCUCAAGCCACACUACCAUGGCAAGGAUAGAGAGAUAAGUAGGAUCAUCGGGGAAUCAUGGAAUAAGCUGCAAGAACCCGAAAGAGCAGUUUAUCAAGAAAAGGCGCUCAAAGACAAGGAACGGUACAAGAUGGAGAUGGAGGUGUAUCGGGAGAGUUUGCGAACGGGGCAGAUCACGACGGGCACGGCAGCACCCGUGCCCCAAGUGAGCCUGGCUGAUCUCAACAGCAAUGUGGUGGCGUUUGAGGGGGCUGCGGCCCCCUCUGCAUCUGCAUGCAACGAAGAGCAUGAGGCGAGCUCGGACAAGAGCAACAUGGAAGGGUUUGAGAGUGGUGGCGACAAGGACUCGAAUUGUGGUGAGUGCUCGCAGGCAGAGACGCAGCUGAAGAAUGUGGACAUUGAGGUUGUGGCCGAUGAGGCUUUCGAUCUGCAGACGAGGCCGGAUGGCGAGGAGAAGAGCUCCGGCGUGGUGGAUCAAGGUAAGAUGUUGUCUGAAGAUGGGAUAUCGGUUCCUGUUGAAGGGAUAGAACUGCUGCAGCCACCUAGUAUUGGUAAUGAAUCAGUUGCAGACAUGUAGAUUUUCUGCUGCAGGAGAUAAAUUAAUUCUCAGUAUAGUAGUUUCUUUUCUUAUAUACCAUGUCAAAAAGUAGAACUUGUUGUUUGGGAAGUCUCAUUUUGUUAGUAGUAUGAUUGAUAGUAUUAAUAGAUCAUUUCUCUCUCCCAUGUUUCUUCUUCUCUCUCUAGUUUCUGCGUUUCUUGAAUUUUGCUUUUUGUUUGAUUUGAAUCGUUUUCAAGGAACUGAGAAGUUG